GUGAUAAUUGUUCAGUGAUAAGUUACCGCACUGCCACAAGCUUCCGCCUUGCCUGUUGUUGAAAAAGACAAAACAAAAUGUUUUGCUGAUAGAACAGAAAUUGUAAACAAAGCUAUUCCAGGAAUUUGAUAGGUAUUUGGAUAAAAGUGGUGCGUGGUUGCGGCUGUCCAAAAACCGCAACCACUGAUAGACGUCAAUUCGGCAAUUUAUUGAUAAAGGUCUCAAAAUAUAUUUGAUUGUGCAUCUGACGUUACCAAAAAUUACCUAAAGUACUGCACAAAUCGUGUUUGUAGCGAAACAAAUGACCGUUUAUGAUAUCUCUGUAAUAGCCAGCCUUGCUUAGCGGAUGGGCAAUGGAAGAAAAUUUAUUCCAUAAUAUAAUGCUCGUAAUUUCAUUGAAGUUGUUCCGAAGUCGACCGUUUAGUUGUUUGUUGAGGAAUACAAGUAAUUACCGUUUUGAGAUCAAAACAAUAUUGCAGUGGUUCUAUAAAAGGAUCGGCGACGCGAAAAUGGGGGCAAAAGCAUCGAACAUGCAACAGUCAUCAUCUAACGGCACUGAUGCUGACAACUACGUGGAAUCGGUCGUCUGCCACGAAAACGACAUAAAUGAGAAUGAAAUGAAAGUCUUCGAUAUUGGAGACGAGGGCAAAGUGCUGAUCGUGAAGCAGAAAGGGGAGAUCAACGCGAUGGGGACGGCCUGCACCCACUACGGAGCGCCGCUGGUCUCCGGCGCGCUGGGCGACGGCAGGGUACGCUGCCCCUGGCAUGGAGCCUGCUUCAACAUCAAGACCGGCGAUAUCGAAGACUUCCCUGGAUUCGACGCCAUCCCCUGCUACAAAGUCACCAUCACUCCCAAGGGAGAAGUCAAAGUACGAGCAAAACUCAGCGAGUUGAAAUCGAAGAAACGUAUCAAGGAUAUCGGUAUGGACACGAGGACCGAUCAGACUGUGGCCGUUAUCAUCGGCGGUGGGCCUUCUGGCGCCACCUGUGCUGAAACACUGCGUAGCGAAGGAUUUAAAGGCAGGGUCAUAAUGGUAUGCAAAGAAAAGUACUUACCAUACGAUAGAGUGAAAGUGUCGAAAAUCAGCAGCAUUGCUGCAAUUGAAAAACUAGAAGUUAGAACCGAUGAAUACUACCGAAACGCUAACAUCGAAGUAAUAAAAGGUAACGGCGCCACCAAGGUCGACGCGGCGAAAAAAAUAGUGCACCUCGAGGAUGGCAAGCAACUUAACUUCGACAAACUAUUCAUCGCGACUGGCGUCACUCCGCGUAUUCCUGACAUACCAGGUGUUAAUUUGAAAAACAUCUUUACCGUACGUGACUACGAAGAUUCUGUCAAUAUUCUAAAUGCUUUGGGAACUGAAAAAGAUAAGCAUGUUGUAGUACUAGGCUUAAGUUACAUUGGACUCGAAAGCGCAUCAUCCUGCAAUGAAAAGUCCAAGUCGAUGACAGUUGUAGGCAAAGACAAAACACCACUGGGUAUACUGUUUGGACAUGAGAUCGGCCGUAGCUUACAGAAAUUCUAUGAAGAUAGAGGUGUGAAAUUCGAGUUCGAAACUGUCAUCUCGAAAUGUAAUGGUGAGAAUGGCUACAUUAAGUCGGUAGAGUUAACUAAUGGUAAAGUGCUUCCUGCUGACAUGCUUAUCAUGGGCAUUGGAAGUGUACUCAACACCGGAUUCUUGAAGGACAGUGGGUUAGCAAUUGAGCCCAACGGUGCGGUUACUGUGGACAAUAGGCUUGAAACAAAUAUUAAGGAUAUUUACGCUGGCGGUGACAUGGCCAGUGCUCCCGUUUUCGCCGCUGGAAACAAAAACAUUGCAAUCAGUCAUAUUGGAUUGGCUCAAUACCACGGGCGUAUAGCAGCUUUCAAUAUGGCCAAUAAAGAAACUUUCCUUAAGUCGGUGCCUUUCUUCUGGACAGUGCUCUUCGGAAAAUCUAUUCGUUACGCAGGUUGCGGAAAGGCAGCCAGCACACAAAUAGUAGGCGACAUAGAAGAAUUGAAAUUCGUUAUCUACUUUUUCGAUGAGAACGAUAAAGUAAUCGCAGUCGGUUCUUGCAUGAGGGAUCCUGUUGUUGCUCAGUAUGCUGAAUUUGUCACACAAGGCAAAACGCUGUAUAAGAAAGACCUUACCGAAGAUCCGUUUGCGUGGACAAAAGAAAUUACUAAUUUUGAACAAUAAAAAGUUACACAUAUAACCGGAUGGUGCUUGUCAUAAUUUUCAUGCUUGACUUUAUUUAUUCAGUUUUAUUUAUUCCAUAAGAAAUAUACUUUAAAAGUAGUUAUUAUUAAGUAAGUUUAGUUUACUGUAGCAUAAUUCGGGCAUGUUAUCAAGUACUCUUGUUAACGCCCGGUCCAUGCAAUCCGCGGCAUUAUGUCCAUAACAAUUUUGUUGAUAUUAAACUACACCGUGAAGUAUUACCAAUUGUAAUGAUAUUGUUACCACUAUCGUAACUAGAUGAAUAUAUUUCAAAUCUUAUCCUAAAUUGCUUGCAUUUCGUGUCGAUAUUUAUCAGAUUAGAUUACAUACAUACGUGUAUCGCAACAUUAGUGAAUAAUUUUAAUUUCGAAAUAGCAAUACACUCAAAAACACCCAAGAGCCGUAAAUAACUUGGCAGAGACCAUGGAUUUUUAUUAUCGAUAUUAUUUCAUUGUACCUAUCUUAAUAAUUUGUACCAUUGCAUAGGCAGUAGAACAUCCAUUGCGUCACCUGUAAGUUUGUCGAGAUUAUAAUAAUAGAAAUUAAGACAAAAUUUAUAUAAUCGUAGUUUAUAGUCAUAAGUGUAAAAUGUAUACCACAUAGGUUCUUUAUCUAUGUCCAGAGAUUACCUUUUAUGAACAAACAUUUAUAACUUUUACACUAUUAGCCUGCGAGGUAAAUGUAUAGGACAUUUACCUGAGUUGUAAUGAGCUCAAAAUCUACCUUAAUAUUCUGGCUUGAGUUUAUUUUGGGACAAAGUAACUCUAUUACAUAAUUAUACUGUGUGAUAUAAAUAAAUUAUUGAUAUUAUAGUAUUUAUGACAAGAUAUUACUUUAUGAUUAAUGUGAAUUUCGGAUCCAAUUUUCCGACCUAUGUCAGGCCAGUUAUGCCAUGACACUUACAUCAUAGAUACUGUAAAAAAAAA